GGAAGUUCCCGCUGCUGGUCGGUAGGUGAGCGGGGCUCGGAGGGUGUGUGGCAGCACACGUGCAGGGGCCGCAAUGAAGUUCGCCUACCGGUUUUCAAAUUUGCUGGGGACAGUCUAUCGGCGUGGAAACUUAAAUUUUACAUGUGACGGAAAUUCAGUGAUUAGUCCUGUGGGGAAUAGAGUCACUGUAUUUGACCUUAAAAACAACAAGUCCAACACGCUGCCCCUGGCCACUCGGUACAAUGUCAAGUGCGUGGGGCUCUCCCCAGACGGCCGUCUCGCCAUCAUCGUCGAUGAAGGGGGCAACGCGCUGCUGGUCAGCCUGGUCUGCAGGUCCGUGCUGCACCACUUCCACUUCAAGGGCUCUGUGCACAGCGUCUCCUUCUCCCCCGAUGGCAGGAAGUUCGUCGUCACGAAAGGCAACAUUGCUCAGAUGUACCACGCGCCUGGAAGGAAGCGGGAGUUCAACGCCUUCGUCCUGGACAAGACCUACUUUGGGCCGUACGACGAGACCACGCACAUCGACUGGACGGAUGACUCCAAGUGCUUUGCGGUCGGGAGCAAAGACAUGUCCACGUGGGUGUUUGGGGCCGAGCGCUGGGACAACCUCAUCUACUACGCCCUGGGGGGACACAAGGACGCCAUCGUGGCCUGCUUCUUUGAGUCCAACAGCCUAGACCUCUACACCAUCAGCCAGGACGGAGCCCUGUGUGUGUGGCAGUGUGACACGCCCCCUGAGGGCCUGCGGCUAAAGGCCCCCACGGGCUGGAAGGCAGACCUGCUGCAGAGGGAGGAGGAGGAGGAGGAGGAGGAAGAGGGGGAGCAAGAGACCACCAUACGAGGGAAAGCCACGCUGGCCUCGGAGGAGCAGAAGGGCAAAGUGAAGUACUCUCGGCUGGCCAAGUAUUUUUUCAAUAAAGAAGGAGAUUUUAAUAAUGUGACAGCCGCAGCCUAUCACAAGAAGAUCCACCUCUUGGUCACUGGUUUUGCUUCUGGAAUCUUCCACCUUCACGAGCUCCCAGAGUUCAACCUCAUCCACUCCCUGAGCAUCUCAGAUCAGAGGAUCGAGUCCGUCGCCAUCAACAGCUCUGGGGACUGGAUCGCCCUGGGCUGCUCAGGCCUGGGCCAGCUGCUGGUGUGGGAGUGGCAGAGCGAGUCCUACGUGCUCAAGCAGCAGGGCCACUUCAACAGCAUGGUGUCCCUGGCCUACUCCCCCGACGGGCAGUACAUCGUGACCGGCGGCGACGACGGCAAGGUCAAGGUGUGGAACACCCUCAGCGGCUUCUGCUUCAUCACUUUCACGGAGCACUCAAGUGGGGUCACUGGCGUGACCUUCACCACCACUGGCUACGUCAUUGUGACCUCUUCCAUGGACGGGACUGUGCGGGCCUUUGACCUUCACAGAUACCGGAACUUCCGCACCUUCACGUCCCCGAGGCCCACCCAGUUCUCCUGCGUGGCGGUGGACUCGAGCGGGGAGAUCGUUUCUGCCGGGGCCCAGGACUCCUUCGAGAUCUUUAUCUGGUCCAUGCAGACGGGCAGGCUGCUGGAGGUCUUGUCCGGCCACGAGGGGCCCAUCAGUGGUUUGUGUUUCAACCCGACGAGGUCGGUCCUGGCCAGCGCCUCCUGGGACAGGACAGUGCGGCUGUGGGACAUGGUGGACAGCUGGAAGACCACAGAGACGCUGACGCUGACCUCCGACGCUCUGGCUGUGACCUACCGCCCCGACGGUGCAGAGCUGGCGGUGGCCACGCUGAACUCGCAGAUCACCUUCUGGGACCCUGAGAACGCUGUGCAGACGGGCUCCAUCGAGGGCAGGCACGACCUCAAGACCGGCCGGAAAGAGCUGGACAAGAUCACCGCCAAGCACUCAGCCAAGGGGAAGGCCUUCACCACUCUGUGCUACUCUGCGGACGGCCAGAGCAUCCUGGCGGGAGGCAUGUCCAAGUUCGUGUGCAUCUACCACGUCAAAGAGCAGAUUCUCAGGAAGAAGUUUGAGAUCUCGUGCAACCUGUCCCUGGACGCCAUGGAGGAAUUUUUGAACCGAAGGAAAAUGACAGAGUUUGGCAACCUGGCGCUGAUCGAUCAGGACACCGGGGAGGAGGACGGAGUCGCGAUACCGCUGCCAGGCGUGAAGAAAGGUGACAUGAGCUCUCGUCACUUCAAACCCGAAAUCAGGGUGACUUCACUCCGCUUCUCUCCCACCGGGCGCUGCUGGGCGGCCACCACCACCGAGGGGCUCCUCAUCUACUCCUUGGACACCCAGAUGCUCUUUGACCCAUUCGAGCUGGACACCAGCGUCACCCCUGGGCGGAUCCGGGCGGCGCUGCGCCAGCGGGACUUCACCAGGGCCAUCCUUAUGGCUCUCCGGCUCAACGAGAGGAAGCUGGUGCAGGAGGCCCUGGAGUCGGUGCCCUGGGCCGAGAUCGAUGUGAUCAGCGCCUCCCUCCCCGAGCUGUACAUGGAGAAAGUGCUUGAGUUUUUGGCUUCGUCCUUUGAAGUGUCUCGCCAUCUGGAGUUCUACCUCAUAUGGACUCAGAAGUUGCUCAUGGCCCAUGGACAGAAGCUGAAGUCCAGAGCCGGGAAGCUGCUGCCGGCCGUCCAGUUCCUUCAGAAGAGCAUCCAGCGACACUUGGAUGACAUCUCCAAACUCUGCGACUGGAACCGCUAUAACAUCCAGUACGCUCUGGCAGUGUCCCAGCAGCGGGGCGUGAAACGCUCCUCGGAGCCGCCGGGGAGCGAGGAGGAGGAAGCAGAUGGGUCCGAUGGUGACGGUGACGACAGUCUGCGCCUGUUCGGUGGAGGACGCAGGGAGGAGGACGACGGGGAGGGACUGUUGGUGUAGAGCCGGCUGGCUCUCAAGCCGGCUCAUUUGAGUGCCGACGCUGGGGGAGAGAACCACGGCCGCCAGGGCCCAGGAAGAGAGUGGAGGGCAGUCUCCAGAGCUGCGGAGCCGUCGCCCAGGACUCGCUCUUCACAGAGGGACCGCGCAUCUGAGAGCCAGCUGCCUGGUCCCCUGGUCAGCACUAGCUUGGCACACAGGGCCCCACCACGUGGGCCGAACAUGCUGAGCUUUUGCCAACGAAGAUGCCUUUUAGAGAGGCCAGUGGGUUCAUAUUUAUAGACUCAUGAACUUUGUAUGCAAGUUAUUUAUAUUUUUUUCAUAAUAAAGUUUUGAUGACAAA